AUGGUGAUUGUAACAGGUGCUAGUGCUGGCAUUGGUGCUGCUACGGUCAACGCUUUCAUAAAAGUUGGCAUGAAGGUAGUCGGUUUCGCAAGACGAAAAGAAAAAAUCGAAAAAUUAGUUGAAAAUCAUGAUGGAAAAUUAUUUGCCGUAAGCGUGGUUGUAACAAAAUCUCAAGAAAUACUCGACUGUUUUACGUCGGUUACUAUAAAUGUUGGUCCUGUAAACGUUUUAAUUAAUAACGCCGGUAUACUUAUGCGUGUCGGUUUUAACGGGAGAAUUAGAAUCUUGGCAACGAAACAAGGAUACUAA